AGUAUUCUUUGCAGAUCUCUGUUGGUCGAUCGCCGCACAAUAUCAUCUCAGUCUCGUUUGGGAACUUCACCGCGCAUCAACAUGACAGCUGCGAAGUUGAUAUUUGUUACCGCCCUGGUGGCGGUUAUGGCAUCCAGCUGCUCAGCUGGUUUCCUGGACUAUGUGUUCCCCACUAUCAUUACGGAAUUCUACAACCAAGCGCCCACCAAGGAGGGCUAUCGUUUUGAAUUGAAGGAUCCCAAUGGCAGCUCCCGGGAGGAAAUUGGUGUCAUCAUGAAUCCAGGCACACCUGACGAACAGCUCGUUGUUAUGGGUACCUACUCGACGUACGAUGAGAAAACCGAUACGGAUUCCAUCACCAUGUACACUGCUGAUAAGGAUGGUUACAAGACACGUUAUCAGAUCAAGAAUCGUAAGCUCUCCCCUGGAGCUCUGAAGUCUGCUGCUGGAUAAGAGCCUGUGUUUUUUUCUUUAGACUAUGUAUUAAGGCAGGUGAUAAUA